CACUGGGCAAACACUGGUUGAAUCAACGUUGUUUCCACGUAAUUUCAACGUUGAACCAACGUGGAAUAUACGAUGAAUUGACAUCUGCACCCAGUGGGAAGGCUAAGUUCCAGAACGCACUGAGAACUGUCAAGUCAAGCCUUUUGCUUUCAUUUCCAUAUUAUGAAAGACAAUAGCGGUGCUUAUUACUGCGCAUUUGAGGUGUGCGCCAUUCGGGUCACUGAAUCUCGUUUUGACUUUCUAUUAUGGCGAGUCGCCGACGACAUCACAACCGAACGCACCUCAGCAGUAGAAUGAUGGUUAAAGCUAUGUAAAAUAUUCCCAUUCUCGUCGGGUAAAGCGAUGUCAUAGGCUACUGACGGAGAACCAUGAUUUGCAGAGAAUAUAUUUUGGAUAGUCUACUUUGCGAGAGCAAGAGUGUGUGGCUGUCUGUCAAGCAUGGAGUCGCUUUGGCGCGCUAAAGCAUCGUGGAUAAGAUGAUUGUCAGUUAUUUCACGUAGCGAAGCGAACACCAAACAAGACUCACAGCUACAAAAAUCCAAAUUUGUAGCGGACUUCAGAAAGACGGGUAGGGUGCGCGCCCACCGGUUGCUGUGAUGAAACCCUCUCCGGGCAACGGGGUGAACCUCCAGACUCAUCGAGAAGAUUUGGUGUCCAACGGAGGCUGCGGAAUGUCAGACACCGUUACAGCUGUCCAAACCGACACUGGUCCCGGAUCCCCCAUGACUGACAAGCCGGGAGCAGGAGGAGAUACAGACGCCAAAGGAAUCCCGCGGCGGAGCAGUAUUAUCAAGUCUGGUUCUCGUGCUGGUCGUGAGAGAAAGAAGACGGUCUCCUUCAGCAGCAGUCUCUCUGAGAGGAAGAUCAGCAGCGCUGCAGACUGCAUCAGUGCUAUGGUGAGGGGUACUGAGCUGCGGAAGGUGCGCUCCAACUCACGGGUCUACCAACGCUACUACCUGCUGGAGUCAGGUCUGCAGGCCCUGCGAUGGGAGCCCUCCAAGAAGGAGUCAGACAAGGCCCGCAUCGCCGUCUCCUCCGUCAGAGAGGUCCGCACCGGCCGCAACACAGAGACAUUUAGGACUAACGGCAUCUAUGACCAGAUCUCUGAGGACUGUGCCUUCUCUAUCAUCUACGGAGAGACCUAUGAAGCUCUGGACCUGGUAGCUAACUCUGCAGAGGUGGCCAACGUUUGGGUAACUGGCCUGAGGUAUCUGAUUCUGUAUGGGAAGCAUGCCAUGGACAUGAUAGCCAGCAGUGAGGACAGCCUUCGUCUCGUCUGGCUAGCAGAGAUGUUCUCCUCUAAGGUUGUUUCAAAUGGACAGGGGGGAAGAGAGGAGGGGAUCAGCUUGCGGUCAGCUAUAGGACUGAUCAAGAGUGUUAACCCUGGAGUGAGGAGUGGGAAAGUAGAACGCAGGUUUAAGGAGCUCCAUCGAAUCAAAGAGAGGACGAGUGGGGCUCGGACAACUGGAGUUGGAACUGAUGUUGGUGCUGUGGCUGGACCUGAAGCAAUGGUUGGUACUUCAGUUGUAGCUGGAGCUGGGACUGGUUCUGGGGAUGGAAUUGAGAUGGGUAAAGGAGAUGGGGCUGGGACUAGAACUGAGGUGGUUUGUGAAGGAGAUGGGGCUGGGACUAGAACUGAGGUGGUGGGUGAAGGAGAUGGGGCUGGGACUAGAACUGAGGUGGUGGGUAAAGGAGAUGGGGCUGGGACUAGAACUGAGGUGGUGGGUAAAGGAGAUGGGGCUGGGACUAGAACUGAGGUAGUCGGUAAAGGACAUGGGGCUGGGACUAGAACUGAGGUAGUCGGUAAAGGAGAUGGGGCUGGGACUAGAACUGAGGUAGUCGGUAAAGGAGAUGGGGCUGGGACUAGAACUGAGGUAGUCGGUAAAGGAGAUGGGGCUGGGACUAGAACUGAGGUAGUCGGUAAAGGAGAUGGGGCUGGGACUAGAACUGAGGUAGUCGGUAAAGGAGAUGGGGCUGGGACUAGAACUGAGGUAGUCGGUAAAGGAGAUGGGGCUGGGACUAGAACUGAGGUAGUCGGUAAAGGAGAUGGGGCUGGGACUAGAACUGAGGUAGUCGGUAAAGGAGAUGGGGCUGGGACUAGAACUGAGGUAGUCGGUAAAGGAGAUGGGGCUGGGACUAGAACUGAGGUAGUCGGUAAAGGAGAUGGGGCUGGGACUAGAACUGAGGUAGUCGGUAAAGGAGAUGGGGCUGGGACUAGAACUGAGGUAGUCGGUAAAGGAGAUGGGGCUGGGACUAGAACUGAGGUAGUCGGUAAAGGAGAUGGGGCUGGGACUAGAACUGAGGUAGUCGGUAAAGGUAACACAGACAACAGAAAAGGAGAAAUAGAGGACAUGGUCACCAAGGAGGAGUUCAUUGAGGUAUUUCACGAACUUUGCACCCGACCGGAGAUCUACUUCCUGCUUGUGCAGUUCUCUAGCAACAAGGAGUUCCUGGAUACCAAGGAUCUGAUGAAGUUCCUGGAGGCUGAGCAGGGCGUGGCUCAGGUGACUGAAGACACCAGUCUGGAGCUCAUACAAUCCCACGAGCCGUCGGAGGAGGGCCGUCGCCAGGGCUGCCUCUCAUUGGACGGUUUCACCAGCUAUCUCACCUCUCUGGAGUGCCACCUGUUUGACCCGGAACACAGCCAGGUGUGCCAGGACAUGAGCCAGCCCUUAUCCCACUACUACAUCAACUCCUCCCACAACACCUACCUCAUCGAGGACCAGUUCAGGGGGCCCACUGACAUCACCGGCUACAUCCGGGCUUUAAAGAUGGGCUGCAGGUGUGUGGAGGUGGACGUGUGGGACGGCCCUGACGACGAACCCGUGGUUUAUACUGGUUACACCCUCACCUCGCCUGUCCUGUUCCGCUGUGUCCUGGACGUGAUUGGGUGCUUUUCAUUCGCAGCGUCAGAGUGUCCUCUAAUCCUGUGCUUGGAGAACCACUGCUCCCCCCGCCAGCAGAGAGUCAUGCUCCAGCACCUGAGGAGGAUACUGGGAGAGAGGUUGUACACGGAGCCCCUCAGGGAAGGGGAGGGGUACCUGCCCUCACCCCAUGCCCUGAGGGGCAAGAUCCUGCUGAAGGGGCAGAAGUUGGAGGAGGGGUGCGGUGAGACCGAGGGGGAUGUGACUGAUGAAGACGAGGGGGCGGAGAUGUGCCAGAGGAUGAAGGCUGGUAACAGUGAAGGAGGAGGAGGGGCUCCCUCUAAACGGUUCCAGCUUCUGAAGGAGCUCUCGGACUUGGUGACUCUGUGCAAGUCGGUACGCUUCACGGACUUCCAGAAGUCUUUCUCUACCCAGAAACCCUGGGAGUUCUGCUCGUUCAACGAGACCCUAGCGGUUCGCUGCGCCAGCGAGUGCCCAGGAGACUUUGUCAACUACAACAAGCGCUUCCUGUCGCGGGUCUACCCCAGCGCCAUGCGCAUCGACUCCAGCAACAUGAACCCACAGGACCUGUGGAAGUGCGGUUGCCAGAUUGUGGCUAUGAACUACCAGACGCCCGGGUUGAUGAUGGACCUAAACAUCGCCUGGUUCCGCCAGAACGGGAAUUGUGGGUACGUGCUGCGACCCGCCAUCAUGCGACAGGAGGUUUCAUAUUUCAGCGCCAAUACAAGAGAAUCUGUGCCGGGUGUGUCCCCUCAGCUGCUCCAUGUUAAGGUGAUCAGUGGUCAGAACUUGCCCCGUCCGAGUGGUUCUGGAGCUAAAGGAGAUGUGGUGGACCCGUACGUCUACGUGGAGAUCCACGGUAUCCCUGCUGACUGUGCCGAGCGCCGCACCCGCACGGUGGUGGAGAACGGAGACAACCCCAUCUUCGACGAGAGCUUUGAGUUCCAGAUCAACCUGCCCGAGCUGGCCAUGGUGCGCUUCGUGGUGCUGGAUGAUGAAUUCAUAGGGGACGAGUUCAUAGGUCAGUAUACCAUUCCCCUGGAGUGCUUACAGCCAGGCUACCGGCACGUACCAUUACAUUCUCUGACGGGGGAGGACCUCCCGUAUGCCCGGCUGUUCGUCCAUGUGGCUCUCACCAACCGGAGAGGAGGGGGCAAGUCCCACAAGCGGGGGCUGUCUGUGCGAAAGGCGAGGCGAGGGAGGGAGUACGCUGCACUCAGGGACCUGGGGGUCAAAGCCUUGGAUGAUGUUUUCAAAAUGGCGGCCCCGUCAUUGAAGGAAGCCACAGACAUGCGGGAGAACAUGCAGAACUCGGUGGCAGUGUUCAGGGAUCUGUGUGGGGUGUCAGCGGUGGCUAACCUCAUGCAGUGUGUGUUGGCCCUGGGGUCCCGAGUUGCGGGGGCUGAUGGGGCCCCCCUGUUGCUGUUUGAGCUGAAGGAGCAGUACCCCUCCAUGGAGUCUCAGGGGCCCCUGCCAGACGUCCUACGCAGGGUGGUGUCCACUUACGAAACGAUGAUCCAGGCGAGCAGAGCGGUGAUCGAGCUGUCAGACGGAGUCUACGACAGGAUCCUACAGAUACAGACAACAGCCAUGGAGUUCCAUGAGAAGUUAAAGCCCAUGGCAGUGAAGGAGGGGCUUAAAGGUCGUAAGGUCACCAGAGCUGUGGAGAGUUUCAGCUGGAACAUCACCAUACUGAAGGGGCAGGCAGACCUGCUGAAACGGGCUAAGACUGAGGUGCAGGAGAACAUAAAGCAGGUCCACUACGCUGCCCUGACCUCUAACCUCAGUAAGGGCGGGACAGGAGAGACAACUCACACCCGGCGCAGCCUGGACGCCCCUCCUUCAGUGUCGGGUACAGCUCCGGCAAGAAGUUUCCCUUAGGCACAGACAGGUCAAGGAACAGUUUACCUGUCUGAAAUUAUAUAUUGAACCAUAAGGGGGAAAUGUAAAAUCUGACCGUAGGUCAGUUUCUAAGAGCACAAUCGUCCUAUUCUGAGGAUUGGCAGGGUGAUAAGAAUUUGCUACAUUCGUUCUAUAGUGAUAGGCUCCUUCUGCAUCUCACUCGGGGGCUGCUGGAGAUUAGUCUGCCAUUUCCUCCACACAACGAUGAGGAGGAAGGAAGAUGGACACAGUUGAAGAGAAAAACUCCUGUUAUAGCACUGGAGGAGGAGUAAUGUCAAAGACACUGGAGACAGGAAUGUAGAGAGGAAUGAAGGAAUGAGGUCUGAGAGAAAGAGAGAGACAAUCAGACUGCCCUGUCCCCUAAGUAUGCAGCUGUAAAUAAGAAAUGUUUAAUCCUGCUCUCUAUGGGACCGAUUCAGACCUGAGUUAUGCACUUGUAAAUGGAACUAAUUCCCUUUUUAUGCGCUUUUCUCUAAAACGUAGUCUGUGCUUGAAUUUAAAAAAUGUUUCAGCCAGCUAUUCUUUCGGGGUGGAGAUCAGAGAAAUGAAUAAAUAAAAAAACUGAAAUAUUACAUUUA